UAAACCCUUUUUUCCCUUCUCAGACAAACAGAGGUUUAAGGGUUUUUCUCUCUUAGGGUUUCCCCUUCUCCCCCGUCGAUCUCAAUCGCGAUUGAUGCGACUUCUGCUUAUAAUUCCUCAGACCCAUAUACAAACCAAUCUCGGAAAUGACCAUGGAAGCUCGAGUCGGCGUAGUGGUGGAAGGAGGGCAGAGGGCUCUCCACACAGCCACCGCCGUGAAUAACACCGUCGUAGACGCCGGAAACAGGAAGCUUUUGCAGCAACAACAGAGUAAUAAGCCGUCGCUGAAUCAGAAACAGGGCGGAUCCAUCUCCCAUCUCAUCGCCGGAGGAAUCUCCGGGGCCUUCGCUAAGACGUGCACCGCUCCUCUCCCUCGUCUCACCAUCUUGUUCCAGAUACAAGGGAUGCAAUCGGAGACUGCGAUUUUGAGCAGUCCAAGCAUUUGGCGUGAAGCGUCUCGUAUUGUCAACGAGGAAGGUUUUAGAGCUUUCUGGAAAGGGAACUUGGUUACUGUAGCUCACAGGCUUCCGUAUUCUGCUGUCAACUUCUACGCUUAUGAAGAGUACAAUACUCUUUUUUACUCGAAUCCAGUACUGAAGAGGUAUAAAGGAAAUGCAAGUUUGGAUGUUUUAGUGCAUUUUGUAAGUGGUGGCUUAGCUGGAAUGACAGCUGCUUCAGCUACUUACCCUCUCGAUCUUGUAAGGACACGGCUUUCUGCGCAGAGAAGCUCAAUGUAUUAUCAGGGAGUUGGGCAUGCUUUCCGUACCAUUAUCAGAGAAGAAGGAUUUUGGGGGCUAUAUAAAGGACUUGGUGCUACUUUGUUGGGUGUUGGUCCAAGCCUUGCCAUCAGCUUCUCAGCAUAUAACUCUCUGAAAACAUCAUGGCUAUCUCAUAGGCCUAAUGAUUCAGAAGUUAUGGUUAGUCUUAGCUGUGGCAGUCUCUCGGGAAUUGCUUCCUCCACAGCAACGUUCCCGGUGGACCUGGUGAGAAGAAGAAUGCAGUUGGAAGGAGCUGGUGGGCGAGCGAGAGUGUAUAAAACGGGACUCCUUGGAACGUUCAAACAUAUAUUUAAGGCAGAAGGCAUGAGAGGGCUAUACAGAGGAAUCUUACCAGAAUACUACAAAGUGGCUCCUGGUGUUGGCAUUGCCUUCAUGGCAUAUGAGAAACUGAAGAAACUCUUAUCGUCUGUCCCCAAUUAAUAGUCUCAUAUGCUCUGGUAUAAGCUGCGUUAUAGAGUUUGGAGAAGAAGAAACAGAAAGUCUUUGGUGGUAGAUUUUUUUUUUUUACUUUCCAGUGUAUAGUAAAUGCAGUUUAAGGUGUGAGGUUACAGUUUCUUCCUCCAUUAGCAUCGCUCGAGAUAGCAAUUUUGCCUUGUUCUAGGGCUCUAACAUUAAUCCAAGCUCUAUGCUCGUUUAUGAAUCCUUAAUAUAUGUUUCAUUUGAAGA